UUUUGAUAAGAGCAACAUUUGUAAAAACCCCUUCCCAUCCCUACCAAUUCUUUACUUCAGCCCAUUCUUGAUAGCAUCUGCCGGUCUACAUAGAUAACUCCUUUAAAUCACCCAAACAGAAUACAAUCAAAUGGCCUUGAUGCAAUUCCUCAUCACCGCGCUGCUCGGCCUACAAGUACUAGCAGCAAGUCCCCCGACCAAAAAACCAGCCGAUCCAACGGUUCCGCACUGCUUCAAUGAUCAGGAAGUCCAGAAGACGGAAUGUCCCGCUGCGCUCGCCAAAAUCAUCUACGACAAGGACACCCUUAACAAAUUAGAGACCGAGCUGUCUGUCGUCUCUGGAGAAUGUCUCAAAUUAUCGACCGUGCUGACUAGAAACCGCUCCUCUUACCAGAUACGUGUCUACAAUAAAAAGCAGGCUGUUGUAACAAAAAAACAGAUCGAGGAGACAGUUACAGGGAUUGUAAAGUCUUGUAAGAGUGGUCAUGCUAAAAUCAAAGGCAACACAGAGGUCGCAAUCUGGGUCACUCGACGCUUACAACGUAGAAACUGGUACACUCCAUACGACCCUGAUUUCCCACUAGAGAAGACCUACUGUUUCCAUAGGGACGGAGUGGUUAAGGAAGACUGCUUAGAGGCAUUCAACCAGCUUCCUGUAGACAAACAAGGCCAGCUGGUCAGUCCAGCUACCAAAAAGCUAGCACACUCACUUGACCUCAAAUUCAAAUCUUGCCGAGUAACUGCCUACACAACCGAUGGAACAAAUGUUCUUGUCAAAAAACAGGAUGUCUCGGCCAUCGUGACUGGUAUGAUAAACCACUGCAAUUUGGAGUGGGGUACUGUGAACAUCAAAGGCGCUGAGGGUCCCAACGGACAUGUAACUAUCACCAGUCGAAGUUACUGAUCUCUUUUAUCCUUAUGGCUCUCAAUUCCAUGUGCUUUCAUGGAGGGCUGUAACUUGUAGCCCUUCUUUACUGUGGAAUAUUCCUUCAUUUUUU